CCCGCGCCCAGAGCGGCGGCGGGCCGGGCCUGCGCGGCCGUUGGCGGAGGAGCCGCGGGCGCCAUUAGCGCCGCCUCGGCCGCGCCGGCCCCCGCGCCCGCCGCCCGGCUCCCGCGGCCGCGGCCCCGAAGGGAGUCAGUGCCAAAUGAGGAGGAAAGGCCGCGGUCAUCGCGCUGCAGCGAGGCACCCUUCCUCCCCCGGCAGCACCAAGCCCUCCCCGACGCGAGAGACCCUGACCUACGCGCAAGCCCAGAGGAUGGUGGAGAUCGAGAUCGAGGGGCGCCUGCACAGGAUCAGCAUCUUCGACCCGCUGGAGAUCAUCCUGGAGGAUGACCUCACCGCGCAGGAGAUGAGCGAGUGCAACAGCAACAAGGAGAACAGCGAGCGGCCGCCCGUGUGCCUGAGAACUAAGCGGCACAAGAACAACCGGGUCCGGAAGAAGGGCGAUGCCCCGCCCAGCACGCACGGCGCGCCCGCCUCCGCCAGCGCCCUGCCCGAGCCCAAGGUGCGGCUGGUGGAGUACAGUCCGCCGUCGGCGCCGCGGCGGCCGCCGGUGUACUACAAGUUCGUGGAGAAGUCGGCCGAGGAGCUGGACAAGGAGGUGGAGUACGACAUGGACGAGGAGGACUACGCCUGGCUGGAGAUCGUCAACGAGAGGCGCAGGGCCGACUGCGUCUCGGCCGUGUCGCAGAGCGUGUUCGAGUUCCUCAUGGACCGCUUCGAGAAGGCCUCGCACUGCGAGAAGCAGAAGCAGGGGGAGCAGCAGUGCCUGAUCGACGAGGACGCCGUGUGCUGCGUGUGCAUGGACGGCGAGUGCCAGAACAGCAACGCCAUCCUCUUCUGCGACAUGUGCAACCUGGCCGUGCACCAGGAGUGCUACGGCGUGCCCUACAUCCCCGAGGGCCAGUGGCUGUGCCGCCACUGCCUGCAGUCCCGGGCCCGGCCGGCCGACUGCGUGCUCUGCCCCAACAAGGGCGGCGCCUUCAAGAAGACGGACGACGGCCGCUGGGGCCACGUGGUGUGCGCCCUGUGGAUCCCCGAGGUGGGCUUCGCCAACACCGUCUUCAUCGAGCCCAUCGACGGCGUGCGGAACAUCCCCCCCGCGCGCUGGAAGCUGACGUGCUACCUCUGCAAGCAGAAGGGCGUGGGCGCCUGCAUCCAGUGCCACAAAGCCAACUGCUACACCGCCUUCCACGUGACGUGCGCCCAGCGGGCUGGCCUCUAUAUGAAGAUGGAGCCCGUGAAGGAGCUGGCCGGCGGCGCCGCCACCUUCUCCGUCAGGAAGACCGCUUACUGUGACGUCCACACGCCCCCCGGCUGCACCCGCAGGCCUCUGAACAUUUACGGGGACGUGGAGAUGAAGAACGGCGUCUGUCGGAAGGAGACUUCGGUCAAAGCGGUCAGGUCCACGUCCAAGGUCAGGAAGAAAGCCAAGAAGGCUAAGAAGACGCCCCGGGAGCCCUGCACGGCCCUGCCGCCUGUGUGCGCGCCUUACAUCCCCCCGCAGAGAUUAAAUAGGAUUGCGAAUCAGGUGGCCAUUCAGCGGAAGAAGCAGUUUGUCGAGCGCGCCCACAGCUACUGGCUCCUCAAGCGGCUGUCCAGGAACGGAGCCCCGCUGCUGCGCAGACUCCAGUCCAGCCUGCAGUCCCACAGGAGCUCGCAGCAGAGAGAGAACGAUGAGGAGAUUCAGGCCGCCAAAGAGAAGCUCAAGUACUGGCAGCGGCUGCGGCACGACCUGGAGCGCGCGCGCCUUCUUAUAGAGCUUCUGCGCAAGCGCGAGAAGCUCAAGCGGGAACAGGUGAAGGUGGAGCAGAUGGCCUUGGAGCUGCGGCUGACGCCGCUGACCGUGCUGCUGCGCUCCGUGCUGGACCAGCUGCAGGAGAAGGACCCGGCCCGCAUAUUCGCCCAGCCGGUGAGCCUGAAGGAGGUCCCGGAUUAUCUGGAUCACAUCAAACGCCCCAUGGACUUUGCCACAAUGCGGAAGCGGCUGGAAGCACAGGGGUACCGGACACUCAGGGAGCUGGAAGAGGACUUUGACCUCAUCGUGGACAACUGCAUGAAGUACAACGCCAAGGACACGGUGUUCUACCGGGCCGCCGUGCGGCUGCGCGACCAGGGCGGCGUGGUGCUCAGGCAGGCCCGGCGCCAGGCAGACAGUGUCGGCUUCGACGAGGCCUCGGGGAUGCACCUGCCCGAGCGGCCGCCCCCGGCCCCCCGGCGGCCUUUCUCCUGGGAUGAGGUGGACAGGUUGCUGAACCCGGCCAACAGGGCCCACAUGGUCCUAGAGGAGCAGCUGAGGGAGCUGCUGGACAUGCUGGACCUCACGUGCGCCAUGAAGUCCAGCGGGUCGCGGAGCAAGCGGGCCAAGCUGCUGAAGAAGGAGAUCGCCGUCCUGCGGAGCAAGCUGAGCCAGCAGCACAGCCAGCCCCCAGCCGCGGAGUCAGGUACUGCAGGCCCGGAAGAGGACGGUGCUCCGCGGGGGCAGGAGGCUGCGGAGGAAGGAGAUAAAUCUCCCCCUAAACUUGAACCAUCAGAUGCAUUACCUCUUCCUUCAAACUCGGAGCCUAACUCAGAACCACCAACCCUCAACCCAGUAGAACUCCACCCAGAGCAGAGUAAACUGCCCAAAAGAGUCACAUUUGGUAAUGAGUCACAUAGCACUUGCACUCACAGCGCGCUGCUAAGCGGACACUCUCCAGAGCCCACCCUCGCCCGUAGUGGCGCUGCGCCGGGGGCGGAGCCAUCGAGCGAUGUAAACAGACGCACCUCUGUUCUCUUCUGCAAAUCGAAAAGUGUAAGCCCCCCAAAGUCUGCCAAGAACACUGAAACCCAGCCAACUUCUCCUCAGCUAGGGACCAAAACCUUUUUGUCUGUAGUCCUUCCGAGGUUGGAGACUCUUCUGCAGCCAAGAAAAAGGUCGCGAAGCACCUGCGGCGACUCUGAGGUGGAGGAGGGGUCCCCGGGAAAGCGCCUGGACACAGGUUCUCAUUUUAACUACUAACAUGCGGGGUAGUUCACUCUUUGGACCCUAGUUGUUCUCUCUUGCUCACCUUGGACUGGAGAAGGCGGAAGGACCCUGCAUCCUUGCAUGUCGCCCAGUCCUUGUGGAUGGCUUUGGAAGCGCCACACAAAACCCACACGCGGCCCUGGAGGAGCCGGGCCGCCCGCCCUGCCCGCCCGCAGGCGCUCAAGCUGGCUGAGACGUCGCGUGGCCUCCCUGCGCACGGGCUGCCUGUGCAGACGCUCGGGCCGAGGUGCCCGCGGAGCCGCUGCCUCCACAGACGACUGCCGUGGACAGAGACCUGGCCUGCCCUCGGCCGGCACCGGACCGGCUGAGAGGACCGGGGCGGAGCUGGGGCUGGGCUCGGGAAGGACCGCGCGGCCACCCCGCCCUGGCCCACGUGCGCCGGCACCGUCCGCCCUGGCUGUCUGCUGUUAGCGCUGGCCUCCUGGCUUCUGCUGCCCCCUUGCUUCUCCUCCGGCUCCUUGCUCAGCCCCCGGUCUCCAGGUGGUACGACUCUGUCUCUGUCACCACGCCGAGUGCCUGCUGCCGGGAGCGGACGGCCUGUCCCCGGGCCUGGGGGCAUCCCCUGCCGGGGCCCGCCGGCCUUCCUGCUGCUGCGUCUUCUUGGAGCCGGUCUGGGCACGAGCAGGGCAUCAGGAUCCGACUUGCUGUGCAUCUGUGUUUUCAUUGAAAGGUGGAGAAACCCCCAAAAUGCAAUUCCAUUGCCAACACUAAAAAUAAAAACUUGUAACCAAAAUACCCAGCACUUGACACCGCUGCUCCGAGAGGCUGGCUGCGGCCCCGUGCCCGGGGCGCCCUGCGUGUGGGCAGCGGGCGUGGCAGGUGGAGCUUGGCGCCCAGCACGCCUGCCGGAGCACCUGGAGGCCUCCUGUUCCCAUGGAGCGAGGGUUCAGGAUGGUCGCUGUGCCCCCGCUGACCGGCGUCUCCAGUUGGGCCAGGGCUCCCCACUCGGCCUGUCCGUUUUUGGGGCGGAGAAGGGGGUUUGAGAUCCUGGGUGCCUGUCAUCUGGGGCAUUGGCUCUGAUUCCCAGGGACCCUGGGGGCUUUGGCCUGUCCCCGAAGCCACCUCUGACUGGGCCCUGACCUGACUGCUGGUGUCUCAGAGGGACCCUGUGUGGGCGCCUGCCGUGUCACUUCCGCCCCUGCGAGGUCUCUGGGCCGCGUGGGGCAGCCUGCGGAGCCUGGCCCUGCUCCAGCCACGCGGCCUCGUGCCCUUGGGCUUGUCUGCUGCUCAGCGGGCAGCGUGUGGAAGACGGUGUGGCUUGCUCGCUGCCCUGGGCGGGGGAGGCGUGCAUGUGCCCGUGCCUCCCAGCGGGGCCGCCCCCUCUGGUGUCACUUGUCACCGCAUGCACGCGGGCAGGGCGGUCAGCGCCGUCUCCCCGGGAUGUGCUCGGUGUCCUGGGGCUGGGUCCGUCUCCCCGCUUUCCCGCCCUCGGGAGACCUGGCCUUCCUGGCUGCUGUCUCCCGCUGUGCGCUGGGGCUGUGGACGGCAGGCCCCACUCACCCCUUGCCAAGCCCUUCCCAGGGGCCGGGUGCCUGUCAGGUGGUGAGGCUGCCCGUCACCCACUUGGGGUCCUCCUCCUGUCUGCCAGGAAAGGCAGCUGAGCAGCUCGGGGGGCGGGGGGAGGCGGCCCCCUGGCUCCGCUUCAGCAGCUCCACGGCUGAGCACCCUUGACCCUGGCCUGGCCCUGCGUCAGGGGCCGUCCGGGGGCCUCCCGGGGUGCGGGUGGGGUCUUGGAGCCCCCGCUGCACAGCUUGCGCCCAGGGACCUGGCCCCUGAGCUGAGACGAAUGCUCGCUUUCUCAGGGUGGUUUGGUCCAGGUUCCAAAAAUGAGUGUAACACCCUUGUCUCCUUGCGGUUACUACUUAUAAAUAAGACUUGGGUUGAAAAGAGAACGUGCUAGGCUUGGUGUAAGUCCGGCAGAGGGGCAGGCCGUCUGACUGGGUCACUGCGGGCGGGCCUUCGUUCUGUUGGGAGUGGAAAGCGUGCUCUGCUUCUGCAUCUUUGCUGCUGUCUGGUAAAGGGUCUCCUCAUCUCCCUUUAUUUACAGAGAAGUAUGUAGAGCAGAUGAAAAAACUGGUAAUCAGCCAACUCCUUCAAAACAUUUUUAAAGAAAUGGAUUUUUAAGUUUUCGAAGUGUGAGGAGUGGGAUUCUUCUGGGGGACGAGUCACGUCCCCCUUGCAGCCGUCGCCCAGAGGGUCUGGGCCGGGCCGGGCAGCGCCAGGCACCCUCAGGCUCCCGGCCCGUCGUGACCCGGCAGGUGGGGCUCAGUGCCCUCCCUCCCUCCUGCUGGCGUGGACUUCUGGGGGCAGGAUCUGAGGUUGGCUUCCAGGGCCGCCUCGACCUACUGCGUGAUGCUGUGGGCUUGUGGACCACUUGCUGUUGGGCCUCCUGGCCUCCUGUGUACUGUGGAAGGGUCGGUUUCAGUGGCUUCCGGACACAAGGGUCCCACAUGGACCAGAUGCUCAUCUUGAGUCUCAGAGGCUCUGAAGGGCUGGGGACCCUGCUUGUGCUUUGUUUUGGAAGAAGGUUUUCCUUCGCUGGGGAUGUGCAGAUCCCCUGGAAGCCUCCGCCGUCCCCUCGCAGGCUCAGGGCCUUGGUUGGUGUGGCUGGAGCGACCAGGAAGGAAUAGCCGGUGUCUCUCUUUGCCUUUGUGGGAUCUGUGUUUCCACUCGGUUUCCCCUCUUCCGUGCGUCUGUCUGUCUCCACAUACCGGGCACGCUGGGUGUGGGUUGCAGGGCAUGUUUGUCUGCGUUGUCCCAAUUUAGAGAGCUGGUGAGCUCAGGGCCACGUGCACGCCUGUU